GUUUAAGCUGGCCUUCAAGCUUCACCAGAACCCUUAUAAAAUCAGCCACCUGACAGUUUGACCAGGCUGGAAGACGAGCAAAAAAAGGAUACUAUAGUCUAUUGUAGGCUGUUUGCUCCGUAGGGCAGUCAAUAACCUACAAGAACGCAUUUGUUUUACAAGAAUCGUUUAGUAUUUGUUAUUUUUGCGCACUUUGUACCUGGAAAAUAGCCGAAACAUAGCAAUCUUUCUGGUCCAUCUUUGCUAAGAAGGUUUGAGCAUUUCCCCGAGCGCGAGCAGCAAUGCGGUCCAAUAAAUUAUGUUUAAUUCAAUUCACUUAAACUUCCAGCGCGCUGCGAAAAAGAAGCAUUUAUUGAUAAUGAAUUCAGAGCGCUCCUCCUCCUCCUCUCGUACUCCUGCUCGCCGCUGCGCAUUAAGAGACAGCUGGCGAUGAGGGGAAUAUCCCUCCACUCUCACUCUCAUCUCUGUCACCUCUGUGUUUUCCUCAAGCACUGCGGACAGAAAACGCUGUGCGCGGAGCUUUAUAAGACACGGCACGAGGAGGAUGCGGACCGCCGAGGUUUGGCCAGCGACCGUCACUCUCCCAGUCCCCCGGGACUGAUUUUUGGUCAGAGAUAUUUAAUGGGCGUUUGUAUUGCAGUCUCCGCUGAUUUUCGUGGAUACCUGCUCGGAUAUUGUGUGAUACGGCUUCAGGAUGAAGAGGAUGAACCCACGUUUGAAAUCGCCACCCAUGUGGCCAUCCGGAGUGGGCAGCAGGCAGCCCUGUCCCCGUGAAUCUGCUCUGCGCAGGGCAGCCAUCAGUGGCAAUGUCCUUGCGCUCCCACCGUUCCAUGUCCCCACGGGCAGGAGUGUCCGGGUCUUCAUCUGUGCCAACCCUGAUGAUACAGAAGCAGAGAGAAAUGCUCUGAAAGAACAUGUCUAUCCCAAACUACGUGACUUCUGCAGAGAGAACUAUGGCAUUGAAUUCCAGGUGGUGGACCUGUACUGGGGCAUUGAUCCAGAGGAGUGGGACAGUCCAGAGCUGCAGAGACUACGAAUGAAAUUACUGGAAGAAUGUCUGAAAACUUCAGCCGGUCCAUGCUUUGUUGGGCUCAUUGGAGAGAAGUAUGGCAGCAUUCGAGUCCCAGGGGAGGUGGAGUCGGCCGAGUUUGAGAUGAUUUUGGAUGCGGCGGUGGAGGCGGGACUAGACACACGGAUCUUGGAGGAGUGGUAUUGUCGGGAUGAGAACUCAGUCCCGCCUGCCUACUACCUAAAACCAAAAGCUGAGAUACUGAAGAACUACCAGAACUCUAUGGAGUCAAGCAGCGUAGCAAAAUCAAAGAACGACAAGGCAUGGAGGGCAGUCUCAGAGGAAAUCAAGAGGAUCUUCAGAACCUCUGUUUUACAGCUGCAGGAGAAGGGAACCAUGAAGAGUGGUCAAGCCAAGAAAUUUCUUUGCUCGGCAUUAGAGGAUGAACUGGAUUUUGCACUGGGCCAGCAAACCCCAGCCUUCCUCAAGAAAUGUGUGUGUUACAUCCGGAAGAUAUCCAACUUUGACCGUUUCGCUAAACUCCCUGAGAUGGCACGCUACAUGGACAUUGUGGUGAGCGCCGACCGUGUCAUGAGAAACCAAGAAGCCUAUGAGCGUCUUCUGAAAGUCAGAGAUGAGUUCAUUCCAAUGGGGGUGGCAGCAUCCAAUCUUCGAGUCUACUCGUCGGUCACUCACUGUGACAUGAAACUUGGCUACUCACAGGAAGUAGAGAGCCACUACGUCGAAGGUCUCUGUAAACAGUUUUAUGAAGACAUGGUGGAUAUCAUUCAGGCCACGGUCCAACAGAACUUUGACACAGAGACAGAUCCACUGUAUGAUGAAAUCAUACAGCAUCUGUCGCUGUGCAAGACUUUUUCAUCUUUUUAUGUGUACAAGAGUGAAGCCUUGGACAUAGUCCAGGAGUACCUGUACCCCUCCAAAGGUGGUCGAAUAACCCCCCUAGUGGUGUAUGGAGGACCCUGCACUGGAAAGACAUUGUUACUUGCUGAAGUGGCAAAACAGGCUUAUUCAUGGCUACAGAAAGAGAUGGGACCAGAAACAGACCCGGUGGUCAUUGUCAGAUUCAUCGGCUCCACAGACUUCUCUACUGACCUCCGCACCCUGCUACAGAGCAUCUGUGAGCAGAUUGCCAUCAACUAUCAGUGCCUGAUCCACUUCUUACCUAACAAAAUCCAGGAGAUGAGGGAAUUGCUAGUGAAUUUGCUUGGGGAGUCAUCAUUCCACCGACCUCUUGUCAUCAUUUUGGAUGCCUUGGAGCAGUUGGCAGAUGUUGACGAGGCCCGAAAGCUGUGGUGGCUACCUGUCCACCUGCCAUGUACAGUCCGAAUUGUAGUGUCCACCCUACCCAACAAGCAUGGAAUACUCCAGAAAUUACGUUGCCUGAUACAUGACGAGAAUGCCUAUGUUGAACUGAUGCAAAGAGAUCGCAAAGCUUGCAGUCAGACACUUAAACAGCAGCUUCUGAGUGUCAAAAGGAAGGUGACCUCAGGCCAACAGAUAUAUGUGAAUGAGGCAAUGGCAAAAUGUACACUCCCCAUGUUUGUCAACCUAAUCUACCGAGAGGUAGUUCACUGGCGGUCGCACAAGGACGUGGAUGACAAAUCAUUGAGUUCUACAGUGCACGAAAGCAUUGAGCAGCUUUUCUACUCUACUGAAAACAAGCUUGGCUCACACUUUGUCUUUCGGGCACUGGGCUACAUCACAAUGGCACGGGCAGGCCUGACAGAGCUGGAGCUAGAGGAUAUCUUAUCUUUGGACAACAGUGUCCUUGGGGACAUCAUGGUGAGCUGUAAUCUUAAAAGCCCAUUGCGUAUUUCUUACGAUUUCAUCGCCAGGCUAAAAGAAGAACUAGAAGGUUAUUUGGUGGAACGUCAAGUCCAUAAUGUAACACUGAUGGUGUGGGCAAAUCGCCACCUGCAUCUUAUAGCACAGAAGCUAUACCUUAGUAAUGAAGAAGAUGUACAUCAAAUGCAUAGCCUUUUGGCUGAGUACUUCCUUGGAGCAUGGGCAGGUGGACGAAAGAAGAUAUUCCAUUGCGACAAUAAUCACUUUGCCUCACUGAAUAUCUCACACCAUCAAAACCCUCAUCACCAGCAGAGCCUUCAUGGCCAUGACAAGGCUUCUGCUGACAAGCACUCUUAUGACAGACAGACACCCGAACAACCCUGGGUGUUCCAGUGUAACUUGCUAGAGCCAGACAUCUUCUUUGUCAACCACCGAAAGAUGACGGAGCUCACAUACCACCUGACAAGGAGUGGCCGAACAGAUGAUCUCAUGUAUGGUGUCAUCAUGAACUUCAGCUGGCUCUACACUAUGAUAAAGAUUGGGCAGUUUGACAAGGCCCUGUCAGACAUUGACCUAGCUUACAGCUACACGCAAGAAAAGGAGCUAAAAUUUCUUGCAACUACACUCCGCAGUAUAAAGCUUAAAGUGACAAAGAAUCCUGCAUCACUGUCUGCUGAACUACAGCAAAGGCUCCUUCCAGUUGUCACAUCUCUCCCCAAGCUCAGACAUCUCAUUCUUGAAUGUGACAAGGAUGGUCCUAAAUACUGCUCUAUUGUGCCACUGCACUCUUCCAUGGAUGUCACCUACAGUCCAGAGAGAUUACCUCUCUGUUCUAGCUACAUGCAAAUAGUGGAGAUUCUACCUACAUUAGCUCCAAACAUAGUCAUCGUGGCCCUCGAAGAUGGAUCUGUCAGCACAUGGGAUGUUGAGAGUAGACAGUUGAUAAGACAGAUCGACACGGCGAGGUCGGUUGUUCUUGGCAUCAGGCUAACCACAGAUGAGAAGUAUCUGGUAGUGGCCACUACAAAAAAUACACUCCUCAUUUAUGACAACCACAAAUCCUGCUUGUUGUCAGAGGUGGAGGUGAAAGGGUCCAAGAACUGUGGCAUCACUGGUGGGGUAGCGUUCAUUAAUGGAUUCACCUUGUCCAGCCACCAUGCCUUAGCUUGGCUGGAGGCAAGUAAAGACGUCAAUGUGAUUGAUUUGCUCUAUGGUUGGCCAUUGUAUCAGUUCCAUUGCUGGUAUGAGGUAACCUGUGUCCAGUGUUCCCCAGAUGGAAUGUAUGCUUUCUGCGGACAGUAUCUCAACACAACCACCAUAUUCCACCUUGGUAGUGGGGACAAGCUUGCUACAAUGACUUCUGAGUUCUCUGGUGGAUUUGUUAAGUCCAUCCUGAUUCUAGACACAAUCCAUCAAAUGGUGAUGAUCGACAAUGAGGGCAGUCUCUCUGUGUGGAACACCAAAGAUAUCACAAAUCCCAAGCUGAUGGAGGAUUAUGACUGCAGAGGAGAUGAGACCGAAGUGGUGGGCAUAGAGCUCUCUGAGGAUCAGCGAUCCAUCCUUAUCUGCAAAGCGAGAAGCAUUGAGGUGCUGGACACCAAGAUUUGGAAGAUGGCAGAGAAGUUUAAGGCCAAGCGUAGUGAAAAUUUUGUGGCGGCCGUUCUCUCCAAGAAUAGCCAAAGCAUAAUAGCCUCCAUGGAGAACACAUCAUCCAUAUUUGUGUGGAGAAGAGACAGUGGACAGUGCAUGGCCAGCUUGAUAGAGAUAUCUGGAGCCAUUGUAAAAUUGAUCAAAUCAACACACCAUAACUUGCUGCUGUCUGUAGCCAGCAGCGGUGUACUUUCUGUGUGGGACAUUGACAUUAUAACAGCCAUGUCGAACAUUGAUAAAACGGGGAAACCUAUCCAAAGUCUGCAGCUCUCUGGCAGAGAGGAUUUUGUGUACACCAUGGAUGGGUCAGAGGUCAUCCAUAAGUGGAACUACAGCACAGGUUUCAUUGAGAUGGUGUUCAAGCAUGAAGGCCUUGUUGAAAACUGUGUCUUGACAACAUCGGGUGACCUAAUGGUGACAUCUGAUGAUAAAAGUAGUCAGUACAUCUGGCAUACAACCACAGGUGAGAAUAUAUUCCGUAUCAGUGGUCAGAGGAUCUCACAGCUUCUCAUCACACACAAUGACCAGUUUGUAGUGUCCCUUUGCGAGCAGAAUGCCUCUCGCGUUUGGAGGCUUGCGACUGGUCACAAGGUGUGCAACAUUCUAGUAACACUCCAGCAUGCCCUCAUUACCACAGCUAACACAUUCCUUGUGGGAACCAACAAGAAUAAGCUGUUGGCUGUUAGCUUGUGGUCAGGCAGUGUAUCCAAAAAGUUUAUCUGUGACGACGGGAUCACAAUUGUUAACUUCAAGUUAAUUCCUGACAGUCCAGAUUAUGUCAUCUUCAUUACCUCCACAGAAACAAUUUUCAUCUGGAGUGUUGCCGAUGAGUCUGUGUGUAGGCGGGUGCAGCUGCCUAGCAACUUUUUGAAGAACCUGGAAGAUUUCCAAAUAUCACCAAAUGGGAAAUUGGGUAUUGUGUCGAAAGGUGAUGAGAACAUUAAUGUCCUAGACCUACACAGUGGUAAACUGCGUCUGCUACAUGCUGCUGGCAUAAUCUGGCGGCAGAAGCUCUCACGAGAUGGACGCUACUUAGUGUACAUCUGUUUCCAGAAUUGCGAUGAAGAUGAUGAUGCAGGUGUGGUUUCAAGUCUGAUUGUCAUGAGAUUGGCAGAUGGCAAGAGCAUCGGGACCUGCUCCCUCUACAAAACGCCAACCUAUCUGUGCCUAUCACAGCGAGCACUUAACAUCAUUGUAGGAUUUGAGGAUGGCAGCAUUGGCACCUACACAGUGGUAGACCGUGUGGAUGCCGCUAUGAAAAUCAAGAUUGCCACCUCAAACAGUCGCCAAAUAGUUAACAAUGCCUCACAGAAAGUACGACCUAAGUGUAGCACCAAUGCCUUCAAGACCAUUGCUGACUGUAUGUGGAGAGAAUCCACCGAGGUCUUCUCUCGGGACAGUCCUAUCAACGUGUCUGACAGUGGAGAGCCAGAGUCAACAACACCCACAAAGAAAACUGAACUGCUGCAAUGAGAGCGCCCUCUGUAGGACACUGACAGGCAUGAAGGAACAAGGCCAGGUUUGGAUUCAGGUGAUUAUUGUUUACAGCAACUUUGAUUCAGCUGCACAGAUCAGUCCUCUGGGUAACAUACAGUAACUGGCCAAUUGCUUUAAACUGAACUUAAUCUGCAAUUAGUCACCUUGAUUUAUUUUAUCAAUCAUCAAUUUACUGUUAAGUGUAUACACUGAAUUUAAUAUCAUACUAAGGAACAAAAUUAAUUCCAAACAAAUGUCAUUCACUGGAAAAGCCAAUCCAUUUGGCUUUUUGAUAUGUUCUUCCUUCUCAUGUAUAUGCCAAUGUGGCCAUAUAGGUCAGAUUUUGUAUAAGUUUAGUCAAAUCAAGCCAUAUCGUCACUUUAUACAGAAGCAUACAGAAAUGUAAAAUAUUUGUAGCCAUAUAAAAGUUGCAACCAUUUUUAUUUCUUUUUUCAAAAUAUUAAUUUGUGUCUGUUUAUUGACAUCCUCUGGUACUGUACUAAAAUGUAAACUUAUGUACAUAUGUGUACAUAUGUACUUUGGCUGCUGCAGUUUGUGCAACUACUUAAAUAUAUGUUAUGUUGUGCUAAAUGCAAUCAAAGUGAGUGCCUGGAUUUUAAUCUUUUCUUUGUUACAGAAACUGAUGAAGAAAAAUUUGCAGGGAAUUUCUAAACAAAAAUGCAUUGAUACAAAUUUUCAUCAUUACGGUUCAGCAUACAAUGAACAUUUAGCAUACAAUGCAUACAAAUUUGCUUAAUUUGGAAUAACAGCAUCUGAAUGAGGAUCAUUGGAAAGUACAUUUCAGUAUUCAGGUAUUCAGAAAAUUGUCUGGAGUCAUUAUGAGCUUCUUAGUAAUUUCAGAAUGCAUUCUAGACUUUCUCUGACCAAUGUGGCAUGGAAUGUGUUUUAGACUUUGCGUGACCAACGUGGCAUGGAGCUUCUUCAUAAUUUGAAGCUACAAAUGAGCUUCUUAUUAAUUUCAGAAUGCGUUCCAGACUUUCUCUGACCAAAGUGGCAUGGAUGUCCAUGAGUCCAUGUGUGGAAUUUGCUCUAAAUGACAGACAGUAUUAAACACAUCCUCACAUUUAAUUUUAAAACUGAUACUGAGAAGAUCAUCCUUCUCAACUAAAUCCAAAAGAUUAAUAGUAUUAAUGGUGUUACUUUUAAAGAAUGUGCAAUUCGUUGUAUUAAAGGACGGUACAGUUGUAUCAAGCUACAAAUAUUGAGUACUGAUUCGAGGACUAAACCACUGUAAAAGAGUCCUGUGUAGCAUCUCACCAAGAGUUUCUACGCCUUUACAGUUGGGUCAUCUUAUACAAAAGUGUAUUUGUAAUUGUUCUUUGUAAGGUAAAGGUUGAUUGAUUGUGUGCUUGAAAAAAAAUAAUACUUAGUAUUAUUAGUAUUAUAAUAAUACUUUCAUGUUAUAGAUGACUUAGAGAUAUUUAUGAAUAGACUAUAUGUUAUCAUAAACAAGGUUGAUUUAUGAAUGGUGUUUGCCAAGGCAGUGUUUGGUGGUUGCGCUUUAUUUUAAACGGGUUGUACACUGAGGUUGACUUUGAAUAAGUGUGACAUGAAUGCUAACUAUACGAUUUUUGCCUUCAGUUAUGGGUGUUCUCUGGCAUGUUGCAAAAGAAAGUAGUUUCAACAAAAUGAUCAGCCAUGCCCCAUUCUAACUCUUCUCUCCAUAACUCAAGGGCUAUUCCGUCGAAUUGUAUGUUUACCUCUGGAAAUACUGACACAUAGGCCCAUUUACAACCCACAACCUGUAGCAGUAUUCAGGUGUGAUUAGCUUCUCCCACUGAAGUGUUUAAAACAUAUAGAUAUCAUAUAAUAUUUGCCAAAGUUUUGUUUAUUUUUUUAAUUAUUAUUACUUGUUUUCAGAAUGUUAAAUGCUGUUGUUUGUGACCCUACUUGUUACUUUUCUGGACUUUUCUGGCUUUGUUGUGUUUUCUAGCAUAACUCUGAGAACAUGCAUUAUCUUUGCUAAGAUAUUGAUGAAGUCCAUCGCUAUUAUAUCGGAAUGCCAGUUUUAGAGUAUAUUUGAAUGUGUCGAUAUGAGAGCAGUUGAACAGUAUAUUAAAUGUUAUGUAACUUGAAUGACUUUUAACUACGUUUGCAAAACAUAGUUCACAUACUGGUAUUGAAUGUGUUUAUUGUAUUAUUCGUAUUGUCAAGAUUGAAGAUCCCUGUUUAGAGAUAUAUAUUUUCAUAAAUGUUGUACUUACAUUUUGUUACAAAGUUAAGUAUUCUAGAAGUAAGAAAAAAUAGCAGAAAAUGUGUCUGAAAGCAAUAUGACUUGGUGUGUAUGCAUUGUUUGUAUGGAACAUUUUAAUGUAAUAAAAUGGUUUUCUUUCUGCCUCUUAAAUCUCAUCAUAUUUCAUCUGGAUAUAUUGGUCUUCCCUUGGAAAGAAAACA